AUGAGUGAGUCAACGGAGUCUGGUUUCAACCAGCUUUCUGAACCCUGUGCCAUACGAGGCCACUGCAUAAUUGGAAUGCGCCAGGAGUGGAUAGAUCUAACUCCUGAAUACGCCGAGAAGCUAGAACCGUUCAUGUACCAGAUGCCAGAAUGGAAACUGAUCGAACGAGCCGUUGAGCCUCAUUGGUUCAACGAGUUGAACGGAUUAGUGUGGGUUUUCCAGAAGGUCGUCGGCUCAAUUCUGGCACGGAAAAGGAAGACGGACGAGUUUCAGGAGAUGGCCGUUGGACAGCAAGGUCAGGAGUGCGUUCCGCCUCCGAAAACGUGUGAACCCUUCAAAGAAGAGAAGAACUGCGGUCUUGGCCGAAAGAUGGUGCUUCGGAACCGCAAAAAAUGCGUUAUCAAAUCGCGUCUGUGCUACAUACCGUGCAACAAAAACGUCUUGGAAACCAGCGAAGCAUGGAGCCCACCAAAGCCAAAAGUGGCCAACAGCAUAACAUUGUAA